CAUUGAGACAGAAGUGCUCCAGCAUGCUCCAGCAAAGGGCCUUCACAGGGACAUGGUGGGUGAACUCUGCAAGCAAUACUCCAGUUCCAAAGGCGUCUUCUGAAAACAUGUACCUGUGGUCUGGAGGAAGAUCUGAUGGAAAAACUCCAAGUGACUCCAAGUCCCUGUACCAGCGUCUGAAGGAGUAUGAGCUCCUGGAUAAGAAGAAGACGGUGACAGCUCUGAGGGCGGGGGAGGACAGGGCCAUCCUGUUGGGGCUCAGUAUGAUGCUCUUCUCUGUCAUGACCUACUUCGUCAUGGGCAUCACCAUCCUCCGCUCCUACUCUGACAGUAUCUGGACAGAGGAGGCCAACUGCACCGUGCUGAACUCCACCCUCCUGUGGGACGUGAACUGUUCGUACAGCUGUGGAGCCGAGUGCUGGAAGUCCUCCAGGUAUCCCUGUCUGCAGGUCUAUGUGAGUCUGCACAACAACUCCUCCAGGCGAGUACUACGACUACUGCACAACGAGGACACGCACGAGGACAACCCAGAGUGCUUCUACAUCCCAAAGUGCCAUAAAGACUACGCUGCCACUCGGGAGCUGGUGCAGGACAUUUCAGAGCGCCUCAGGAACCUUCAGUCCGUGCCGUGUUUCAUCGACCCCAAAGAGAGGACGGACAUGGCCAUCCUGACGCAGAUCUACAGCCGGGGGGCGGUGUUCCACUCCCUCUUCUGGCCCACCUGCUCUCUGAUCGGGGGCUCCGUGCUCAUCGCGAUGGUCAAACUCACCCAGUACCUGUCCAUCCUGUGUGAGGGGCUCAGCAAGAUCAAGACGUGA